CUAUUAUAUAAUUCAAAAUAAAUGUUUUAGAUCAUAAAGGUAGAUUCAGGCAUAGAUGCUAAAUUAGAGUUUGAAAUAUCAAACAUAGUUAAGGCUGCAUAUGAGAGAUUGAAUAAUUAAUAUGAUAGAUCAAAAUACAUCUCUGAUUAUUUAGAUGAAAGGUAUGGGGGAUGUUGGAGAGUAACAAUAGGAAAAUCAUUUACUAGUUGUGGAACAUAUUAUUUAUCAUAAUUAUUAAGACUGAGUUAUCAAAAUGAUUAAAUAGAAAUUGUUAGAACUUAAGGUGAUGCAGAAUUUGAAAUUGUAUAAAGAGAUUAAGGAAUGAACUAAGCUGUUUUUGAUUCAAUUUUAGGAAUGUAAUAGUUAUUUAAAUUAGAGAAUUUAAAAUGCACAAUAAAUGUAAAAAAACCUAUCUGCUUAAGUUGAAUAUAUUUCAGAAUGUGUAGAAUCAAAACAUACUGGAAAAUGGGCUGUGAUUUGUGGGUAAUAUUUAUUAGUUAUCUUAAGUUAUGAUUUUAAUAGUCGUGUUCCUUAUGUUAAUAAUAAUCUUGUUUGUGUGGCUAGAAAGGGUAUCAGAUAUACAGUAUUAAUGAUAAGUAAAUGAAUAU